GGUGGUAAUGGCAACGGCUCCCUCCAUCGACGGCAUCCUCAUCCGACAUGGUCGACGAUCGCCGCACGCGUUGCUUUCGGAUUCGGGCAAAAGGACUCCGAAAGCAAGCACGCGGACGCCUGUGGUGAUCCCCUCGAACCAAUACAUCCCCCUCUCCGUGAAUAAAAGGCGCCUGCGUUCAUCGCAUCGGGAGGGGGCUCCAAGCGAGGAUGAAUCGAACUGUUUGACUGAAGCAAGGAUGUACGCGACGGGCUUAUACUUCUCUUCCCUCAGCCGCGACCAGGUUCGCAUCAUGGACGCCGGCGCUAGCAAGCAGCAGGAGAUGUUGCUGCUCGACUUCCAGCGUUGCGUCGCCGACCUCUGCGUCGACCUCUCCGACGCGGCCGCGCCCGGCGCCCACGACUUCCUCUCCCUCUCAUGGGUCCGCAGGCUCCUCGACGCCUUCCUCAUGUGCCACGCGGAGUUCCGGGCUCUUCUCCAGGAAAGCCGCACGCUCGUCGUAAGAUCGCCACUCGACCGUCUCGUCGCGGACUUCUCCGACCGCGCCGUCAAGGCCCUCGACAUAUGCAACGCCGCCCGCGACGGUAUUGAUCAGAUCCGCCGCUGGCGAACCCAUCUCGAGAUCGUGGUCGCAGCGCUAGGCCCAGCCGCCGGCACCUCACGCCACGGGAUCAGCGAGGGCCAGCUACGCCGCGCCCGGAAGGCGCUGGCCGACCUCGCCGACCUCAUGCUCGACGACCAGGACGCCGGCGCCGCUCUCACCCGCCGCCACCGCUCCUUCGGCCGCAGCGGAUCCUCUUUCUCUUUGCCGAAAAGCGGCCGCCACCUCUCCAGCCUCCGCUCCCUCUCCUGGAGCGCGUCCCGUCCGUGGUCAGCGUCGCGUUUGCUGCAGGCCAUCGGGAGCAACGUUGCCGCGCCCCGCAGCCACGAGGUGGUCGCCACCGCGGGGUUCGCGGUGCCCGUGUACACUAUGAGCGCGGUCCUCUUCCUAACGAUGCGGGCCCUGGUGGCGGCGAUCCCCUGCCAGGACCGCGGCCUCCAGGCCCACUUCUCGGUCCCGCGGACCUUCGCGUGGGGGGUGCCCAUGACGUCGCUCCACGAGCGGAUGAUGGAGGAAUCGAGGAAGGACAGGAAGAGCCGGGCGGGCCUGCUGAAGGAGAUCCAGCAGAUAGAGAGGUGCACGCACCGAUUGACGGAGCAGAUUGAGAGCAUUCGAUUGCCGAUGUCUGCGGAGGAGGAAAAGGGGCUGCGGCAGAGGGUGGAGGAGUUGGCGCAGGUCUGCGAGGCUCUUAAGGAAGGGCUCGAUCCCUUGGAGCGCCAAGUCAGGGAGGUAUUCCUUCGGAUCGUGCGCAGCCGCACCGCAGGCCUCGAUUGCUUGUCACGAGCCGCCCAAUGAACGAGCAAAUAAGCCUUUCUUUUUUCUUUCUUUCUUCUGCUAUUGGUGAUCCUACAAGGCCGGAGAGUGAUGCCUGGGCCCCUUUUUACCAGUUCAGUCUGACUCAGUUCUUCAGCCCUCCAAACAAGAACACUUGGUUCUUGUAUGGAGUGUCGAGUUUUGUGUUUACUUCAUAGAAAAGGGGUAUGAUCGUAGAGCUGUGUUUUUAUGGUUGUCUCAGAUUGGGUCAUAAUCUAACCUGAGACUGUAUUUUACCGGUGAUUGCAGUAUAGAAUUUUUUUUGUUUUUGUUUUUUCCA